AUGCGGACAGCCGUCGUGGUUGCUGUGCUUGCCGUGGUGGCCGGCUUCGUCGACUCGGCGAAAGUGCUGUUCAUGCCGAGCACUCUAUAUCCCAUGCACGGCUACACUAUGAAAUAUUUGGCAGAUGAAUUGGCACGGCGAAAUCAUGACAUUACCUGGCUGGAAUACGGACCAGUACAGUCAAAAACGACGUUGCCGAAGGCGGUGAAACGAGUCUAUUGGCCUGUGAAGUUUGAUCAGCAGAUCUUCAGCGAUAUUUUCGUCCAUCGAAAUCAUUCUGUUCAUGAUCAGCUAUGGGAUCCAUAUUUUGAAUAUCCCAAAUGA